AUGCCCGGUCUCGCAGUCUCGCCGGAAAACGUCCCGGUCCCUGGUCGGGACACAUACUAUUGGCUCGGUGAAAUCAAUAAGGCCAGCGCCGUCAUCAACUCAUCAGAAGGUCUCUUGGAACAAGAUGCAGCCCGUCGCAUUAGCCGCGGACUCCAGAAACUCUUAGACUCCGGCAACGAGCCCAACGCGCCGCGUCCUAGCCUUGUCAUCACCUUCGAGCCUCUCCUCAUCGAAGCUGCUGGGGUUGAAGCAACUCUGCUGCACGCCGGCCGUUCGAGUCAAGAUAUGCUUGCCACAGUCUCGACUGCGAUCCUUCGCGAUGCAGUCCUUAAGCUAGCUUCACAGCUUCACGCGACAACAAAUCGUCUGCUCGAACUGGCGGAAACGCAUAUCUCGACACUGGUGCCAAACUACACCAACGGUGUUGCAGCUCAGCCCAACUCGUACGGUCACUAUUUGUUAGGCCAUAUCGCAGGCCUUCAUCGCGACGCGGAGAGACUGCUGCAAUUUUUUGCCCGGUUAGACCGAUGUCCAAUGGGCACGACCGUGCUCAAUGGCACAAGUUGGCCUCUGAACCGGGAACAAAUGGCCAAGUAUCUCGGCUUCGCGCAAGUUGUCGACAAUGCCUACGAUGCCGCGCAAAUCUCCAUGGCCGAAAUGCCAGUUGAGCUCGGAGGUAUCGCCUCUCAGAUUGCUCUUCAUACCGGCGCCUACAUCCAGGACGUCAUGAAUCAGUACGCCCAGCCAAAACCCUGGAUUCUCCUCCAAGAGGGAGGUGAGAACACGUACGUCUCGAGUGCUAUGCCGCAGAAGAGAAAUCCGGGCCUACUGAAUCACACCCGCGCCGAUGCUUCCUACAUUGUGACUUUGGGGGUUGGUCGUGCCAUACAAGGACAUAAUCUCCCGCCUGGAUACGGCGACGCAAAGGACCUUGGUCACAAUCUGGCUAUUAUCAACGGCACCUCGAAGGUUCUCGCACAAUGGCAACGCAUUCUCAACGCACUUGUCAUUGACGGCGAACGAUCUCUGAAAGAACUGGAUCUCGACUGGACCGCCUCGCAAGAACUAGCCGAUUUCCUUAUGCGUGAGCACAAGGUGCCAUUCCGUGUUGGGCAUCACUUUGCCUCAGAAACUGUCAGAUAUGCCAAGGCGGAAGACCUGUCCCCGAGCAACUUCCCUUAUGCGAAGGCAUCUAUAAUAUUCAAGGAAACAUUGAAGCACGCAGGCCUUGAUGAUGGAUCAUAUCAGUUUCUGAGUGAGGCAGAAUUCCAAGAAGCGCUUGAUCCGGCCGGGAUCAUCAAGCAUAGAGCCACCUUGGGAGGCCCACAGCCCAAGGAGAUGGAGCGUAUGAUUGGCAAUUCGAAGCAGGCGCUACAGGAUCUGGAUGACUGGAUCAAAGAGCGGCAAUCUCAUAUUGUGAGCUCCUUACAGGAGUUGAACGAAGUGUUUCAACUCUUGCUAGCGUAA